AUGGACAUAGAAGAUGAAGAUGGUAUGGAAAGUUUUGAAAUCGAUGACCGUGACAUUGAGUAUGCACUAAAUCCAAAUGCACGACGGGGGUUGUCAAAAAACCAGCAGCUCUAUGGCAUAUGGGCUGAAAGAGAGGAUGAUGAUGAAGAGGAGCUGCACGCCGGAUUUGGAUCUUUUGGUUCGCGUAAGAAAAACAAAAAUUAUUCCGCUCCUGUCAGCUUCGUCAGUGGAGGCAUCAAACAUGGUCAAAAGAUAGAGAAAGAAGAUGAAGGUGAAGAAGAGAGCAAGGCAGCACCUCGUUUUGAAAAACGAAGGCGGGUGGAACAUCGAGAAGUUGGAGGUAAUGUAUUUGCUGGAAUGAGGACUUCGGCGUAUCAUGCAGCCGUAGAUCCUGACAAAUUUGCUGAUUGGACCAAGUAUUCAAAAAGCGAUGUCAUUAUGAAGAUGAUGACGAAUAUGGGUUUUGUGCCUGGCCAAGGUUUAGGGGCGAAGAAACAGGGUAUCAUUGAGCCAGUUCAAGCAGUAGUGCGGCCAGGUCGAGCCGCUGUUGGUGCGUAUGGCAAAGAAGCAAAAGGACCAAAAUACGGAGAAUCUGCCGCAGAUACGCAGAAAAGACUGGAAAACGAGGAUGGUAAUAAAGCCCCCAAAAAAGGAUCUUCUCGACGCGACAAUUGGAAGAAAUCUGAUGUCGCAAAACCUCCAGCGUACCAGUAUAAAACGAUCGAUGAGGUUAUUUCUGAAGGCGGUGUAACGAAAAAGCGUUUGGAGUCAUUUGGAACUGGCGUAAAGGUGAUAGAUAUGACUGGGAAAGAACAGAAAGUUUAUUCUGGCUACGACGCUUUCGCGGCAAAAACUAGAGCAGUAGCUGAAGCGGAAGACGAGCACUUAGCUUUUGAUAUCCCAGAACUUGGAUACAAUAUUAGUAUGCUGCUCGAGUUUACAGAAGACACUAUUCGACGAAGUGAUAGGCAAUUGAAAUUUCUCAAGGAUCAAACCAUCUCAAUGGAGAACGACUGCAAGGAACUUACUAGUACACUAAAUAAAGAGAGAGCUGAACAAAACCGUAUGAAGGAGGUUCUUAGUUUGUUGGAAAAGUUUUCUGAACAGCUAGAUUGUGAAGAAUUGACGCUGGAAAAAUGUCGAGGUUUAUUCAAUAAAAUGCAAAAAGAUUACUUUGAAGAAUACCGAUUGUUUGGAUUAGAUGCCGUUGCGGUUACUAGCGUUCUUCCUCUAAUUCGCAAUUACUUUUCUUCUUGGGAUCCACUAGAUCAGAAUCAAGUCGAUUAUGGGUAUUCAUUGAUUUUGGAGUGGAAAAAAAUAUUGGACAGCGAGGAGAAUUCGAUGUUUAGUAAAACUAAGAGUUUAGAAAACCUACGGCCGUUUGAAAGACUUUUGUGGGAUGGAUGGAUGCCAAGCAUGCGUAAAGCGACUUUGAAGUGGAGCCCUCGUGAUGAUACGUUAUCAAUUCUUCGAGUAGUAGAGAAGUGGUUGCCCUUGUUACCUGUUUGGAUGCGUGAAAAUCUGCUUGAACAGGUCGUGAUUCCGCGCAUAGCAUCUCAAGUAGAUGAGUGGAAUCCAAUGGUGGAUCAUAUACCUAUUCAUACUUGGCUUCACCCUUGGCUAGACGUUAUGGGUGAUAGACUUCAACCGGUUUUUUCACCAAUUAGACAGAAACUUGCAAAGGCUCUUAGCAAAUGGAUACCAACUGAUUAUAGUGCUAUUUCUAUUUUACGACCUUGGAAGCAGUGUUUUGAACCUGCAACGAUGUCGGCUUUCUUGGCAAUGAAUAUUGUCCCGAAGUUGGAAAAGGCGUUGUGGGAUAUGGAUUACGAUCCCACGAAAAAUUCGCGUUACGAAGAAUUUUACGCUACUUUGAUGUGGAUAGAGUUACUUGGUUUGGAGACAGUUGCUUCUAUAUUAGUGAAAAGUUUCUUUCCGAAGUGGUACGAAACUUUAUGCAUGUGGUUGGAUGCCCCACGCGUUGUCAUGUCUGAAGUGGCAAUCUGGUAUAAUGAAUGGAAAGCUCGUUUCCCAGUUGAAUUAUCUUCUUUACACAUAAUACGUGAACAACUCAUGCGAGCUCUGAUGGCAAUGAAUCAAGCACAGCAGGGUAUAAGGGUUUCAAGACAGCCUCCACCACCACCUCCUCCUCCUAUGGAAUCCAUACCAGGGGUUCUAAACCCUCCCCCACCACCUCGAAUGCCUCCUCCUAUAUCAUCGCUUUCAUUUAAGGAUUUUGUGGAGUUGAAGGCUCGUGAAUCAGGAAUUCUUUAUGCUCCACAACCAGACAGAUAUCGGGAAGGAAGGCCAGUAUACUUUUUCGGGAAUGCCUCUAUUUAUAUUGACCGCAACGUGAUUUUUUAUUACAGGCCAGAAACUCAGCACUGGGAGCCUAUCAGUCUUGAUUAUCUCAUGAGUGUGUGUUAA